AUGCCCACAGCCGCAAGUCCAAGUCCAACCUCAGCAGCAACAGCAACCUCCGAGCUCCAAUCCUCCCUCCGCGAGCUCCACAUCGGCGAAAAGACCUCCUCCAUCCCCGACAUCCCGCGUCCAAAGAUAACAACCGCCUCUCUCAACACCGCCGCUCCCGUACCCAAGAAAAAGAAGGCCCCUGUCGUCGUCGACUCCUGGGAAGAUGAGCUCGACGAAUCCUCACCUACGGAGUCCGCCCAGGGCGAGGUUGAUCCGGGCUCGGCGACGUCCAAUUUCGCGGAAUCAGAUACCAGCCUGGGUACUUCGCCCGCUGUAGCGGAGGGGCCGCUCGAUCCCCCUCCUACGCCCAUCUCGCCACAGACGUCUCGGCCUUGGGUUGCUGCGACGGGCGGGUAUGGAGGGCCGGCGUCCAGAUCUAGAUCUACGUCUGCGCCGCGCGACCCGAAUCGGCGGCCGGAGAAGCAGACUGCUGUUGCGGGGAGGUUGAUUGCUGGGGCGUUGGGGAUCCGGGCACCCAAGCGGACAGAGGAACAGCGGGCGUAUGAUCGGUCUGUGAAGGAGCAGGAGAUUAGACGACGGAAUAAGGAGAGAGAGGAGGCGGCCAAACUAAAAGAGGAGGAGGAGAAGGUGAAGGCUUCUGUUUGGGAUGAUUAA